CAGGUGGCGAGUUCAGUGAAAAGUCUUGCCGCCGCUGCCGUCGCCGCCAGGGGGACAGUCCCAGCCGGGAAACGUGGUGUUGCUUCCUGAGUGGGAAGGUGCUUUCAAACUUUAGAGUUCUGUUCCUUCCUCCGCGCUCCCCUGCCCUCCCCUCCGCCCCCCACUUCGAGGAGCCGAGAAGAUGGAGACCGAGUCCGGGGCGCAAACAUCAAACCAGACGCAAACAGAUUCGUUAUCUCCAUCCCCUAAUCCUGUGUCACCCGUGCCUUUGAAUAACCCAACAAGUGCCCCAAGAUAUGGAACAGUGAUCCCUAAUCGCAUCUUUGUAGGAGGAAUUGACUUUAAGACUAAUGAAAAUGAUUUAAGAAAAUUUUUUUCCCAAUAUGGGUCUGUGAAGGAAGUGAAGAUUGUAAAUGACAGAGCUGGAGUGUCCAAAGGGUAUGGCUUCAUCACUUUUGAAACACAAGAAGAUGCACAAAAAAUUUUACAAGAGGCUGAGAAACUUAAUUACAAGGAUAAGAAACUGAACAUUGGUCCAGCUAUAAGAAAACAACAAGUAGGGAUCCCUCGUUCUAGUAUAAUGCCUGCAGCUGGAACAAUGUACCUAACAACUUCAACUGGAUAUCCUUACACCUAUCAUAAUGGUGUUGCUUAUUUUCAUACUCCAGAGGUAACUUCUGUCCCACCACCUUGGCCUUCACGUUCUAUAUCUAGUUCUCCUGUGAUGGUGGCUCAGCCAGUUUAUCAGCAGCCUGCAUAUCACUAUCAGGCCCCUACACAAUGUCUACCCGGACAGUGGCAAUGGAGCGUUCCUCAGUCUCCUGCCUCUUCUACUCCAUUCUUAUACCUACAACCUUCUGAAGUUAUUUAUCAACCAGUGGAAUUUGCACAAGAUGGUGGAUGUGUUCCUCCGCCACUGUCUCUGAUGGAAUCUUCAGUUCCAGAGAAUAGAAAGAAAAAGCAAAAGAAAACAAUUUAUGGAAACCAACUCAUCUUCCAGUCAACCUGCAUUCUGACUUAUCCUUAGCUUCUUAUGUAUUAGUCUUGUGACUUUUAAUCUCAUCCAAGGUUACUUCUUCCUCUUGGUGCUCUGGAUACUGUCAUUUCUUUUCUCUUCAGAGACUUCAUUGCAUGUUUUAUGCUUUUUUCUUCUUUUAAGUCUUAUACUCUUCACUGAAUCUGCUUAACCACCUACUAGCUGUGUUUAGGAAAUUACCUAAACAUAAGAACAUGAUUCAUUUCACAAUAUUGCUUUCAUAAUUCUUUUUUGUAUAAUGAGGACAUCAGAAAAACCCAUUUUACAGGACUGGUGUAAAGAUAGAAAAUUUAGUAUAACAAGUUACUUGUAUAGUUCUUAGAAUCUCGUA